UAUAUAAAGCAGGACAGGACAGGAACAUAACACCACAGAGCGCGGCGGUUUUAGUAGCUCACAACAUACUGCGUCGCAUGGAUUUAUCUUCUGCGUGUCACUCGGUGACUGACAAGAAAAAAUGAGUGAUUACUCAGACAUUUCAAGAGAUUGAUGCGCUUCGAGGAUGUCAGAGCGCUCAAAACAAACGCACUUCUGGGUUUCUUUAUUUAACAUUUCGCCCGCGAACUGCUCAUUGACAACUUUCGUAGGCUGCAGAUAAAAAAUUGGUGAAGUAACCCGCGGCGCACUGUUAGGAGGACAUUAGAGCUUGUCACCGCAUUACUUGUCUGCUGUCUGUGGGUACUUUCCGAGAUGGAGCUGAAAAGCGCCUGUCGUAUGCUUCUCUUCCCGAUCCAAAUGUUCUAUCACAUAGUCCGGGCCGGUUUGUUGUCGCUGUUGCCAAGCAGCAAGAAGGACUUAAGCAAGGAGGUGGUUUUGAUAACUGGUGGAGGUCGAGGCAUCGGGCGUCACCUGGCCAAGGAGUUUGCCAAGCAGGGAGCCAAAAAGGUGAUCCUUUGGGGCAGAACAGAGAAGUGUUUAAAAGAGACAGCUGAAGAAAUCUCCCUCUCUGGAUCAGAGUGCUGUUACUUUGUAUGUGAUGUGGCCAAUCGGGAAGAAGUGUACAAACAAGCCAAGGUGGUGAGAGAAAAGGUUGGAGAUGUUACGAUAUUAGUGAACAAUGCAGCUGUAGUGCAUGGUAAAAGCCUGAUGGACAGCGAUGAUGAUGCGCUUCUAAAAACUCAACAUAUCAACACCUUGGGACAGUUCUGGACAACAAAAGCAUUCCUCCCUCGAAUGCUGGAACUACAACAUGGCCAUGUAGUGUGCAUCAACUCCAUCCUUUCCCAGUCCCCAAUCCCAGGGGCUAUUGAUUAUUGCACCUCUAAAGCCUCAUCACUGGCCUUCAUGGAGAGCCUGACACUCGGCCUGCUGUAUUGUCCCGGAGUCAGCUGCACCACUGUGCUUCCUUUCCACACCAAUACAGAGAUGUUUCGGGGUAUGAGAGUCAGGUUUCCUCAGCUCUUUCCACCACUCAAACCUGAAAUAGUAGCCCAGAAGACUGUUGAUGCCGUCAGGACUGACAAGGCCUUUCUUUACUUGCCCUGGACAAUGCAUGCCCUUGUUAUACUUAAAAGCUUCAUGCCGCAGGUUGCGCUUGAGGAAAUCCACAGAUUCUCUGGGAGUUAUACCUGCAUGAACACAUUCAAAGGAAGGACAUGAAUCUGGAUUGCACACAACUCAAAAGAGACUUUCAAAGCUUUGAGUUGAAAUGAAGGGAAUGUGGACCUUAAAGCAUUCAAAAGUGGAAUUCUUUUGAAAUUGAAGAUGAACACUUAGGGAGCAUAAAAGGUGCUGUUUAUAGCAUGUAGAAGUGAGGAUAAACUACAUGAAACACCUGCCCCUGCGUAAAUGUGGAAGCAUGCAUAUAUAAUGCAGAAACCAUGCAUAAUUCUGUACAAUCUGUUAUUUUGGAAAGGUUUUUGUGACAAAUUUACUAUUUUUACAAUUCUUUUUUAUCCUUUUUAUUGGGUCUUAAGGUAAUAAAGCAAUUAAACUGA